AUGGCGCCAUCUCGACAGGGCGAGUGUUAUGUCGGAAUAUCGGUCACACUCUUCGCUGCCACCGCCGCACUGGCACUCCGUUUAUAUGCCCGCCAUCUCACUCGAGUCCGUCUUGGAAUCGAUGACUACUUCUGUAUCGUAGCCUAUAUUUUCGCAGCAAUUUGUUCCGGCCUCAUGUUCAGCUGGACGAAUUACGGUCUCGGAAAAAUACUGGCUGAUGUUCCACGCCCGCAGGCUGUCAUCUUCCGUGACAAUACUUUGUAUCUCUACAUUCUUGAGUUCACAUACGCCUACUCGCUCGGAUUCUCCAAGCUGUCGAUUCUUGCAUUGUACUGGCGACUUUUCAGCCUUUUCAGGAUCCGCCUGCCUAUCAUCACACUCUUUGUGGCCACGAUUAUUUGGCUUCUCUGUCGGACGUUUCUGGGCCUUUUUCAUUGCUAUCCUAUCCAAGCAUUUUGGGAGGGAAAAGCCAAAUAUCCCAAUGCUGUCUGUCCUAUCGAUGACGCAAAAUUUGAAUUUGGAACUGUUGUUGUUCAUGCCUUUCUGGACGUCACCAUCUUCAGCCUGCCGAUUUUCCAAAUACAACAAUUAACUUUCAGGACCACCGGGGAGAAGCUAGCUGUACUAGCUAUUUUCGCAUCGGGAGCUUUUGUAUGCAUCGUUUCCAUAGUCAAUCUGACGCAACUUUAUGCGUUCCUGCAUACCGACGCUUCGAUAGAGGUCCUGUACAAUACGGCGCCUCCGGCACUAUGGGGCCAAAUCGAGAUCAACAUGGCCAUCGUUGCAAUCAGUCUCCCACUUGUCCGACCUGUUCUCCAGAAGGCCUUCCGCGGGCUAUUUCCCACGAGAACUGAUACACGAGGUAGCCAGGACGCAGAGCAUUAUCCUGGGUGGGUCCACAUGGAAUGGCUCAGGAAGUUAACAUCGAUAUCGUCAUCCACCGCUAGGACUGGAAGGACUGCAAGAACCGCAACCACCGGUGUGACGGGAGACACCAGACAUGAUGUGGCAAAUGAUGAGGUGGAACUGACAAGUUACCAUGAUCUGGACUCUUUUGCGGACGCGAUGACUCGGACACAUACGUACGCUACUGGUGGACGGGUACCUUUGGAAUCAGGCUCAUCAGACUUCAGAAAUGACCUUAGGGUUACAUGGCGCCUGCCGCCGAGGAGCCCUGUGCCUGGCUUUGAUUCCAUUCUAGAGAUUGUGAGCCCCAAGGAAGCUGGCAGCUUUGAUAGGAGCAAGGUGUAA